AUUUCACUUUCUGUUUACCUAUAUCCAGUGUUGCGGAUUCCCAUUGUAAAGUGAUUACGCUGGGAUUGUCAUUCCCUUCCGUCACGCAAGGGAAGUAACUUUCUUUUGGAACGGGAAAGUUAUAAUUUUUGGUUUUUUACCAAAUUGUCCUAGCCAUUGCCUGACCCUCUCUUCUAUUUUCUCGUUCUCUUCUUCUUCCGCCGCUCGCCGCCGGUGGGUACCGUAGCCGCUCACCUGCACAUUUAGGUCAAAUUUCACGGUCGAAUCCGCCGCUUCUUGUCCUCCUCAGUUUUGGAAAUAACAAAGCUUGGGUUUGCCUGUAACAAUUCACAAUUAGAAGAAAGAUGAAAUUUUCUGGGAAGAAGAUGAUUACUUAACAAUGACAUUUCCUGUACAUCUUUCAACUUUAUGUCUGCCUUCAAUGUGGACGACAAUAUUUUGCAUCGCCGACUAGGAUUCCCUCGGCAGCGUCGGUGGUGGCGGCUGAUAGUGAGACGACGGUGCUGUCAGCCGGCUGGACCGCAGCAUCAAUUGGUUUCUGAGCACACUUCUCUUUCAUCCCUCUUCCUCAAGCGGCUCAAGUUCCCUUACUUGUCGUCCCUGAAAAUUUUGGAUCACAAUAGAAGAAAUUUUUUUUUCUUUUGAGUCAAAUUGGAAUCACUUUUUCUAGAAAACAAAUUCCUAAUAAAUAGAAAGAAUGAGAAUAAAUUUUCUUGAUUGGUAUUUGAAGAUUGCGGUUGGUUCAGCUCUAAUUGGAGGUUCCAUGGAGAUGUUCAUGAUAAAGACUGGCUUCUAUGACAAGGUGACUGUUCUGGAGUCAGAGAAGCGCGCUUGGGAGAGUUCCCCUGAGGCUCAAGCAAUUAGGGAAGCUCUUAAUCCUUGGAGAAAUGAUGAUGCACAAGAAAGGAAAAAUUCUUGAUAGGGCUACCUCUAGAAAUAGGCUCUUCAUGCUGUUUUAUUUGUUCUGAAUACUAGAUGUUUCGAGCAUAAAGUUGGUUAUACAGCACAAUACACUUAUUGGCAUCAAGAAUGAACAUGUUCAUCUGAGUUUUGAUGUCAGUUCUGAAAUAAGUUGAGUAGAAACCCUUUUGAUGCCUGUUUUGUAGAUCAAUUUUGGCCAAUUUUGGAAUGAAUUUAAUGAUGCAGCUU